CGGAAGUGUUUCUCUUUUUGUAUACACCUGCCUAAAGAAAUCCGCAGUGCCCAGUACCAAGCUCGCGGCAAACUCCAAACCUGCAAGCGGUGGGGGGAACUCAACGGGUUUGAAUUGGCCCUAGCGGAGAGCGGGUAGGUCCAUGUAGCUGGGUGGGGAAGGGGGAGUAUUUAAAUGUGCUGCACACGUGGGGCGUCCAUGUUUCUUUCUGAUAUAUUGGUCCCCAUUGUCUCAGCUGGGGCACCCCGGAAGCUGUAUGUCUUCCAGCCAGGCAGUUUAUCCACCCUGAGAAGGGGGACAGCAUCUUUUGGGCUGUCAGGGUGUGACUGUAACAGGUGGCUGCUAAUUUGUGUUAUUCAAUGGGCAUAUUAAGGCCUCCUAUUACAGGGACAAUUAUAAUAAUGGUGAUCUAACAGCCUCUAAAAUAAAGGGACUAAUAUCAGUUUAGUGAGGAUGCUGACCAUAAAAUGAGGGACUGUUAUUAAUAUAGUGACAGUAUUACCUCUAAAAUGAGAUUGUUAUUAAUAUAGUGACUGUACUACCAUAAAAAAUGAGACUGUUCUUAAUAUAGUGACAGUAUUACCUCUAAAAUGAGGGACUGUUAUUAAUAUAGUGACAGUACUACCAUUAAAAAUGAGACUGUUAUUAAUAUAAUGACUGUGCUACCAUUAACAUGGGUCUGUUAUAAAUAUAGUGACUGUACUACCUCUAAAAUGAGACUUAUUAAUAUAGUGACAGUACUACCAUUAAAAAUUAGACUGUUAUUAAUAUAGUGACUGUACUACCAUUAAAAAUGAGACUGUUAUUAAUAUAGUGACAGUACUACUUCUAAAAUGAGACUGUUAUAAAUAUGACUGUACUACUUCUAAAAUGAGACUGUUAUAAAUAUAGUGACUGUACUACCAUUAAAAUUAGACUGUUAUUAAUAUAGUGACUGUACUACCAUAUAAAACGAGACUGUUAUUAAUAUAGUGACUGUACUACCAUUAAAAUGAGACUGUUAUUAAUAUAGUGACUGUACUACCAUUAAAAUGAGACUGUUAUUAAUAUAGCGACUGUACUACCAUAUAAAAUGAGACUUAUUAAUAUAGUGACUGUACUACCAUAUAAAAUGAGACUUAUUAAUAUAGUGACAGUACUACCUCUAAAAUGAGACUUAUUAAUAUAGUGACAGUGCUACCAUUAAAAUGAGACUUAUUAAUAUAGGGAUUGACUGAUUAUCGGUCUGGUUAAUGUUCUUGUCCGAUUUACAGCAAUAUCAAUAUUUGCCUAUAAUGAUACUGAUAAUGCAGAUGGUGGCUAGGACCCAGCCCAUGCUAUCUGCAGCACAACUCCGCAACUUUGAUUGCCCCCCAGAAAUCAAAGCAACGCUCUAUGCGGACACCUGGCUCAAGAGAGUUGGCGAGAGAACAGUAGAUGGUGUCCUAACUGCCCCCUCUACAAUGCAACCCCCCCACCCUCCUGGCAGCCUGCACAAAGCCACUGGAUCUCCAUGAAAUGUAAUACUCUCCUCCCUGGUAAAAGGCAGGGAGGAGGGAAUACAAAAAAUUACUUUUUAAUAUUAUUAAACAAUGUAAUAAUUAUAUCAAAUUAUUUGGCUCAGUGCUGCACAGUAGGCAGCCAUGCCGUUCAGCGUCUCCACGCUCUGCAUGGGGACGCUGAAUUUUCCUCAUAGAGAUGCAUCGGCCCUAAAAAAAUUAUAUCGGUCGAUCCCUCGUAUUCAUGUAGUUCCAUUAAAGGAACACUAUUGUCACCAGACCACUAAAUCUCAAUGAAGUGGUCAGGGUGCAGUGACCCUGUCCUUUUAAGCCUUCAGUGUGAAACAUUACACAUUUUUAGAAACUGCAAUGGGUUUAAGUCCACCUCUGUCAGUAUGGCAUCCUAUAGAGGCACUGACCAAAUAAGACUUGGUCAUGUGACUCUGAUGUCCGCAUAUGAACCCAUUGACUCAAUACUUUUCUGAGGGUAAGUUUGUAGUGUGGCACUACCUGGACAUUAGGUCCUCUGUUAGGAGCAUUGUAUUCAAUCAUCAUGGAGGUGGUACCCACACUAUUGCAUCGUUACUUGUAAAUCAGCAUCUGAACAGAUGAUGCCAAGAUUUGCUCCUUAGAGAAAUAAUCAGAGAAAGUACUGCUUAUAUUUCCUUACAUUUGCACAAAACACAAGACUGUAUACAGCAAUCAUCAAAAUUCGAUAUUUGUCAGUAUGCUGUUCAUUACAUCUAACUCAAUGAGAAAAUGCACUGCAUGCUGGCUUUUUGACUUGUGAAAUAUGACAACCUUAUGACAUUCAGGCAUGUGGAGUCUGGUACACAAAACCUGUGACUCUGACUGUUCUGUUAUCGUACCUCUAGCUCCUUAUAUUUCUUUAUAAUUAUUUACAAUUAUUGUAUUACAAAUUACGAUAUAUGUUGACAUAUAAGUCGUCAUUUUAUGCAUUCAAAAUAAAUUUCCUAAAAAUUAGGGGUCGACUAAUAUGCCAAACACAAAAUUGUUGAUAAAUGGCCAACAUGAAAAUAAGGUCUUGGCAUAAUGCUUUAUUGAUACACGCAAUCAUUUCUCACUUCUCAUACCUCCUUAUCACUACCAGCUUCUUUCUUUAAAAGCAGCACUGUCACUCCCUUACUAUAGUGACACUGCCUGCUUCUAAUUAUUGGAAACCUCCCUUGUAAGAGGCUAAUUAAGGUGCUUACUUGACUGAUUGUGUGUCAUUAUAACUUGGUUACUGAGGUUGUUUUACAGCUGGUUUUUUUUUAUAAAUAAAUUCCAAUAAAACUUAAAGGGACACUAUAGUCACCUGAACAACUUUAGCUUAAUGAAGCAGUUUUGGUGUAUAGAACAUGCCCCUGCAGCCUCACUGCUCAAUCCUCUGCCAUUUAGGAGUUAAAUCCUUUUGUUUAUGAACCGUAGUCACACCUCCCUGCAUGUGACUUGCACAGCCUUCCAUAAACACUUCCUGUAAAGAGAGCCCUAUUUAAGCUUUCUUUAUUGCAAGUUCUGUUUAAUAUCCCCUGCUAUGUUAAUAGCUUGCUAGACCCUGCAAGAGCCUCCUGUAUGUGAUUAAAGUUCAAUUUAGAGAUUGAGAUACAAUUAUUUAGGGUAAAUUACAUCUGUUUGAAAGUGAAACCAGUUUUUUUUUUUCAUGCAGGCUCUGUCAAUCAUAGGCAGGGGAGGUGUGGCUAGGGCUGCAUAAACAGAAACAAAGUGAUUUAACUCCUAAAUGACAGUGAAUUGAGCAGUGAAAUUGCAGGUGAAUGAUCUAUACACUAAAACUGCUUUAUUUAGCUAAAGUAAUUUAGGUGACUUUAGUGUUCCUUUAAUCCAGCGUCAUGUUGUCGUCAUAAUUCCUAAUGAAUUUUGCACAAUCCAGUGUCUGUGUUAUAAAUAGUAUGGACAUAGGGAGCAUGUGUGGCCAUUGCUUAGUUCUGCCAAUGCAGUGCUUCUCUAUAGUGUAAUCAGUGUUCGCAUCAUUAUGAGCCUAGCGGUUUUUCUAAGGCUUUAUAAGGAAAGUGCCACUAGAAUCGUGUUCUCUGACAAAUGUAAAUAUUGCUGUUUCCCAGAUCCCUUUUACUAAUUAGAAUUUUUUUUUUUUUUUUGUAUAUGUUCUUAUUCCUCAUAUGUUUUCACAGUGAAAUAUACAUAUUUUUUUUUCUCUCCGCAGGUGGAAUUAAAGUUUCUCUUUCUGAUACUAAACAUCUGAUGUCCAAAUGAAUGAAGUGUCGGCAUCUUUGACCCAUAUGCAGCAUGGGCAAGUGACAGAAGAUUUAAUAGAGAACCAUCAGGCUAACAUGGUAAAUACAGCAGUCCUCGUCAUAACAUUUUAAACAGCAUCUCUUUAAGCCAGCAGAGCAUCAUGGGAAAUGAAGUGCAAUGCCAAAGUGUGUGGUUUUUUUAUUAUAUAAAUAAGAAUCUAUAAAAUGAGUAUCAAGCUUGAUUCCCCCUACUUCCCUAUUGGCCCUGAUUGAGUACACUUUGCAAAGCAGGGCCUGUCUCUUUGUUGACAUUGACUUUUCUUUGUUUUACAUUUUUAUAAGGAUUUUACACAACAAUAGUACUUUUGCUAGCAAAUAUAGAAGUUUAUUUUAAUAUAACACUGUGUACGAUAACGUACUCUGUAAUUAUCUGUUUGUGAAUAAGAUGUUUACAUGUUUGGUAGUGUUCUUCCUGUUUUUUUGGAGUGGGUUUCUCACUCCCUUUUUUUGGUCAUUUCCUGCUGACUCUACUACACACACAGCACUUUCAUGCUUGGGCUUGCAAGUACUGUGCGAUGUCUGGAUUUGUCCAAUGUGAGUUAUUGAAAUGUCUCAUGUAGAGAAACAUUUCGAGAUGAGUGUUUGAAAAGUUGUAAAUCCAUACAGCAUACAUUUUAAAGGAACGCGUGCUAUCUCGCUUGCAGUAGUGAGAGCACUGCGAAGUGAGAUUUCUGUGGGAAAAGUAAGUCUUAUGGCUUGACUGGUGUGUGUAUUUGUGUUUUAGCAAUGCAUUAACUCAAUCUCUAUAUAUCUCUCUAUCUAUAUCUCUCGGUAAAAUAGAAGUUUGAAGGCACUCACUGUUUUCGGUUCUGAGAACCAUGAAAAUCUUUAGAUAAUAUAGCCUCGAUGCUCCACAGUAGAACUAUAAUACAUUCUUCAAAUAUUGGAAAGAAGUAGGCACUCGCAGGACUUUGUUAUGAAAAAGUAAAAAAGUUUUUAAUUGUGCAGUGUCAACGUUCCGGACCCACUCGUGGUCCUUUCUCAAGACAUUUCGCACAUCUUUUGCAUUGUACCAAAAUGCAGGCAAUUAUAUUUGAUAAUUAAGGAAAGGGAUCAGAUAAAACAAAUAACAGCAAAUAUCUACUAGCUCUACCCUUAGAAUAUUGCGCCUGGUAACAAUACAAUAUUUGUUAGUGGUAAAAACGCCUGGGAGAUUAACAGCAACAAGUUUAAUAGGAAACUGUCACCACUUACCGGGCCAUCCGGUUCCCCAUCGCAAUCUCAUUACAGAGGUGGGUGUUAGACUUCUGUAACACCCACCUCUGGUCCACUUGGUGCUCUUUCUUUGCUUUUUGUUGAUUUGCCCUGAUUAGGGACACUUACCCAAGCUGGGCAAACCUCAUCCAUGAUGUCAACAUGCUAGCUUCACUGACAGCAUCUUAAUGGAGUGAUGUCACAUAACUACUUUCCUAUACUCCCUAGCUGGCUCUAGCAGGAUUUGCCAUAGCAAAAACUGCUAUACAUAGAAAGCAGAGGGACCCCUCUCUUAUUCUCUCCUUGAGUCUCAAUUCCUCGGCAUUGAGUGUCUUCCAGGGAAUUAUGAGACAGAUGGGAGAAAAACCUAUUUGUAAGUCAUUUUUUCUUAAAGUAAUAAUUGCAAAGUAUAGAUAGAAUUCCAAGAUAUUUUAAAAGAGCUAAAGUAAUUUUGGCCUUGACCGGUUUCCUUUAAGGAAGGGAGGGUUGAAACAAAUAUGGAAGGACAAUAAUUUACAGACCUGUAGACCAGGUCUACAAGAGAAUCAGGAAUUUGUUUAAUAGCACUUGGUGCAGGUACCAGUUAGUCAAACGGAAUGUGUAUUGAAGUUUCUGUCUAAUAGGUGUAUCUCUAGAGAGUUAUUAUAGGAAAGUACAUUUUUGAAAAAGCGUUUGGUCAGUGUGUUAUUGGGCUUGCAAGUACUGUGCGAUGGUACCUGUUUCCAAACAAUCCAUAUGGAAGUCAAAGAAUAACUUGGAUCUAAAAAGGACCAUAGUAGGAGAAUCCACGUGAAUCCAACUUUGCAAAAUGGUUUUUGAAGCUACGUCUUAAAGAAUAAGGAUUAAAGGUUAUUAAGGAAUAAGGUCUUGAUUCAAUAAGCUUUCCAAAUGAUUCACUACUACUAGGAGAACUUUCAAAAUUAUUUAUCUACAAACAUUCCUAUAGACUAAUUGUGACUUAUGUAGAUGAAUAAUAUUUUUUUUUUUUUCUAAUAGUGUUGAAACAUUUGUAAAGCUUGUUAAAUCAAGACCUUAGAGUUAGCAGGUAGUGAGGUGGGAAAAAGCCCAUUAUGGGCAAUUCAGGGGAAAGAUGACAUGGAAUAUGCAAGAGAGUAGCUUGAAUAGCCCUCCAAAAUCAUAGAAUGGGUCCAUGGACACGGUGAUACAGGUCUGCCUCCUCUCCUUUCAAACACUCGGAUAAAGAUCUAAUUUUGAAACAAUGUUGUCGAUCUAGACGUAAGCGUGAUGGUAAAUCUUCAAACCCAUCUCAUGCCAUGUGGCUGCUGCCAGCAUAUUAAGAGUAGAGGAAGAACAUGGUGUUGUUAGACUGUCUCCCAUUAUCCAAAAUCUGAGGAGUAUAGUCCAAGUGAGGUUUGAUGUUCUCAUAGUGUGUUCAAUGAAUAGCGCUUAGUUGGAAACAGAUAAAUGUGAUUUGAUGUAUAUUUGAGUAGCUAGCUAAUGUUUCCUGAAAUAAAACAUUUGUUUAAGAAGUGCAUAAAGUGUGAAAAUUGCCAUUUAAAGACCUGGCCACAGCCUAACCUGUUUGUGGGAUGGUGGAAAGUGUUGAAUUUGUUGUAGAGAGUGGAGGUCUACAUAAGGUGUGUUGGUGUGUACCUGUCUUCCCCAGUAAUUCAGUUCACAGCAUGACAGCCGCCAAGCUGUAGUCAGUAAGGUUAGGAAGAUUGUGGCCAACAUUGAACUUGGAUUGGUGUGUGUGUGUGUGUGGUUUAUUUUUUUUAUUCCAUUACACGAAGGUUAAAAACUGUGUAGAAAUAAAUGUUGUCAUCUGCAGAACUGAAGGCAAAGGACUGAAAAACAUAAGAAAUUUUAGAUUUAUAGUAACACUAAAGCAGGGAAAAUAAUUAUAUAUUCCUAAUGCUAUAGUGCCCCUUUCCUACUUGUAGUCAGCCCCCACCUCCCAGUGCAAAAAAAAAUGUUUUACUCCCCCCUUUUCCAGCACUGGGGUUCCUUUAGUGCUUCUCACCCUUCCUUGUCCUGUGAGGCGUGGCCUCCUCUGGCGUAGUAUAAUCCAAUACUCCUCAUACGGGAGCAUUGGGAACUAAUACACAUGUGUGGCACAGGAAAGCAUUGAAUCAAGGGCUUCCAUGUCAAUUAACCGAGUUUUCCUCAGUCAGUGCAGCAGAAGCUGCCACGAGAGGUGGACUUAACCCUGCAAUGUAUUGGGGGCAAUAGUCUGUCCAGGUAUUUUAUGCUUGCUUGUUCCCAGUGAAACUGUAAGAGGAUGUGUUGCUCUGCGGGAUCCUUGGUAGUUAACACCAUGGCUGUGGAUUUAGUAAAAUGAAUUAAAGCCUGUAAUAGUGAGAUAUAUAUAUAUAUAUAUAUAUAUAUAUAUAUAUAUAUAUAUAUAUAUAUAUAUAUAUAUAUAUAUAUAUAUAUAUAUAUAUAGCACUAUUACAGGCUUUAAUUCAUUUUACUAAAUCCACAGCCAUGGUGUGUGUGUGUGUAUAUAUAUAUAUAUAUGAAAAUAGUCCACAAAAGAGGUUAACUUAAUGGAGCGAUAAGCAAUCUGUAUGCCAGUCAAGGCAUCAGACAUAAGUAAGUCUAAUGAUAGGGUCCAAGGUAAAGAACAUCGUGGAGAAGGGACAAUUCUGUUGAAUCCCCCCGCACCACUCUCUAUUACAGGUAUGACUUGUUGGCUAAUAUGGUGCACGGGCCAGCUGGUUCACUGUGUUUGCGAUCGGUUUAUUCAGUUUUGUGAGCCAAGCUGAGUGCAGUGUGCUGCCGAGUUAUGGACUGCCCACGCAUGCUUCUGCAUCUUACCUCUCCCCAGGGGAGGAAAGGUAUGUAUGUCCAAGUUUGGUGUGUGAAAUCACAUUCAAGUUGGACGACUCUUGCACAAGAAAGGACUUUUCAAUUUCUCGUUUUAAUGUGUAAGGCCAAGGGGGCUGUCUUAUACCUGCAGUGAUAUUUGUAUAUCGUGCAUUCAUAAGCCCCUGUUACCUGGAAGACCAGGGCAGGAUUCUUUCUGUACCGUAAACUUUGCUGUGGGGCUUAGCUUGACCAUUUAAAUUUAAAUAUUGUGAUUGAUCACUGAAUCCUAAAAUGUUCUUUUCUACUUGGGUUUUUUGUGGUUUCUUGAUACCUGUAUAUUAGCGAUUUACAAACACCUUGCAUUAAACAUAUUAACAUGGAUCUGUGCAAACCUUUCUCUCAGGGUUUAUGUCCUGGUUAAUACCUAACCAGAGACUAGCUUUCUGGCAGUGUCUGUUUUUACAGGCAGUUUUUCCUGUCCGAUACUAGCUUAUCAUGCUAUUGCACAUUGGCCAGGUUAUGGUGCAACUUCCUCUCCUACCCAGUGAGCUAAGCUAUGUCGGAGGAAGAAGAAUAUAUUCCGUUGCUUGUGCACCACCCUGUGAGUAUCAAACUGCAGUAAACCAUUGUGAUUUCUGUACAACUGAUACCAAUCCCUAACCUAUUAACACAAAUGCAGCCGUAAUAGGACCACUGUUACCCUUGCCAGUUUAUCAAUGAUCUGUGUUUGUAUUAAGCAUUAACAGGAGCCUUACAUUAUAAAGGAGAAGCAUUUUGAAAACAAUCCAGAAUCCAGCCUUAAAACCGUUUACAAGGCAGAUUUAAUUGCAGUUAAUUUGAUUUUGUUUUCAAUUCUGUGUUUAGCAAAUAAACCACAAAGCUUGCACUCUACAAUAUCUCAUUCAUUAUAUGCCUUUACAACAGCCUGUCAAUGUUUUAUAUCCUUUUAUAAAAUGUAAUAUUUUAUAGGCACUUGCUAGCUCAUUGAAUAUCUGAAAAUGUGUUUGGCAAUCCGUGCCAAAAGAAUUGUAGUAAAUUGAGAAGCAUAUUGCCCAAAUAACCAGUGAGAUUCUGUGGUGAGUUAAACAAAUUAUAAAAGACAAAGUAUAAAUGAAUGUAGUUUUUGGUCCCUACAAUUUAGUUAAAAUUAUUUUAUUUUUUAUAUUUUUAUUGAAUUUUUUUUUUUGUCUUUGGCAUUUUUUUUUUUCCUUUAAAUUUAAUACUUUGCCGAACAAAACCAUAUAAAUUAGUUUGUGGUUAAGGUGCCGGGAGUACCCUUGUCCUGAUUCCUGGUCCUCCUGUCGCUAUUGAUCUCGCUGGCCAUUCAUUGCCUGAAAGCAGUUAGCAUAUGCUAGUCUGUGCCUGUGAAUUUAGAGAGUUGACAUUUACCAGCCUGGCUAAUGACGCUCCAGUUACACCUCUGGCAGCAGAGAGGUUAAACUGCAUGUGUGCAGUAUUUCAAAGCAAAACCGACUCCAGGCACUAUGACCACUUCAAAUCCACCAAGUGGUCAUGCUUGGAGUAACCCUUUAACUUUUGCAGUGCUGUGUGCAUGGCACACAUGCUUGUUUACAGCACUGCUGGAGAAUAUCCUGACCGCACGUAUGUGAAUGCUCUGUUGGAUGCCUGAACAUGCAAGCUCCUGACACUUUUUUUUUGUAAUUUUUUUUUUUUGUUUUGUUUUGUUUUUAAUUUAGCUGUGAGAAACUAAUGCUACAUUGGGUGACACUCCCUGCCUCUUCGCAGCUUGAAGAGCUCUGCACUGAGCUAAGCAGAGGUUUAAGGCUUCGCUCAAUGGCUGAGCUCGGUCAUCUGAUGCUCUCCGAUAAAUUGUCCCUACAGCAUGCUGUAGUGGUUAUAGUGCAUGACUUGCUCCUUUAAAGUACGCAUACGUUCUGCAUAUCCCCAAGAGAAAACCUUGUAUAUAAUGACUUGGAAUAGUUACAUGGGCAUUGUAUUUUAAUGUGUUUACGAAAGAAAGGAAUUCUGAUGAUUUACCGUGUGUGCGUGUCUGUAUAGAAAUACAUUGCUUAAAACCUCAAGUCUUACAGCCCCUAACCAGGCUUUAACAUUUUCUGGCCAUUUUUUCCCCCUUCUUCCCUCUUGCAAGAAUUUUUUUUUCUUUCAAAAAAGUACAAUUAAAAAAUAAAUGGGUACUGCAGGCUUGAAGGGUUUGUUAUAGCCUGUUACAUUCUCCAGGGCUGAAUUCAUAUACAACUAUGCAAAAUUUUUACGUGUGUGUGUGUGUGUGUAAAAUAUACUUUUUAAAUUCUUUAUUUCUGCAGUGCAUUGCAUAUACCAUACAUUGAACAGUGGUUUGUGGUAGAAAAAUAUUAAUGCAAAACUUGGUGUGAUUGGAAAACAUUGUUACUGCACCAAUUUUAUACAUGCUAUGAAUGUGGCCCUAGGUCUUACUGUAGGGGAUAGAACCCUUCAUGUGUGUUGUAGAGGUGUAGUUCACCUACUCGAUCCUAGUGCCAUGUUCCCAUGAUGCCGGGGGCUAUAUAGGAGGCAGCAUAUCAGAGGUUUCGGCAUGCUUGCGUUUGGUGAGGAUUGAAGUGAGGAUGCGAUGAGUGCAUAGAGGACUGAGGUCUCAUUUGUGCGUUAUCAGAGGUGUUUGGAUGUCGCUUCUCCGUAGUGUAGCUACUGGUGGUUGGAGUCAUGUCAGCUGAGUUGUCAGGCUGUGUUGGGCGCUCUAAUUGAGUGCCCAUGGAGGUCUCUAGCUCCGAUUUGCUCUGGGUGGUGUGUGGGCUGCAAGGCACGGGGAUUCAGCAGGAGCGGUUUUAGCCUGGGUGGGCCGUUGUAUCAUGACCCGAUGUCCCUGUUGUCUGCUGCGGGUUGUGGUCACUGUGUGCGGCGUCCCAUGGCUGGCAUGUAGGCAGGCAGGUCUGUCUUCGUUGGGGAAGCUCCGUCCUACGCUUUUCUUGCCAUGGUGCUGCUCAAGAUUCCCUCCAUGCCUGUAAGUGUCAGCGUGGGGUAGGCCCCGGUUUUCCACCUCUGCUUAGGCUAGUUGGAAGCCGCAAAGAAUUGCAUCUAUUGCCUCAGGGUGAGUUAAGGAAUCUUGCUGUCCACUUUUUGUAGCUAGAUCAGCUUGGGAUAGCGUGAUAUUCAUUGGAUAUUGGAGCAUACAUGAAUGGCGUCCGUUCAGGUUGAUGGUCGAGCUCCGCCCCUGAGCCCUGUAUAUUUUGAUAUACUAAAUAACCUGCAAAAUCGAUUGUUCAAGUAGAUUCUGAAUUUUAGAAGUUUAAAUCAGCCUCUUGAUAAUUAAGCAUAAUAUUUGAAAAUGUGGUUUGCCGCUUAUUUGUAUAAGUGAUUAGUUGAAACCCGCCGUAUUGAUUUUAAGUGGAUAAUUGUUUUUCUAAUGCCUCCGCCUGGUUUUGUCUUGCAGAACGAUAACAAUGAAAGAAGAAACAAUGAGCGUUUGGAGUCUCAAAGCAACGGACAGACACAGAGCAGUUCCCAGCAAGUGUUGGAACAGGAUGAUGAGGAAGAUGAAGAACUGACAUUAAAAUAUGGUGCUAAACACGUGAUCAUGCUUUUUGUGCCCGUCACACUCUGUAUGGUAGUGGUUGUGGCAACCAUUAAGUCUGUCGGCUUUUACACCAGAAAAGAUGGCCAGCUGUAAGUAAAUUUGUAUUAUUAUUAUUUUUAUUUAUUAUUAUUUGUAAAUUUAUAUACUUUGAGGUUCUGUUCACAACUGAAGAUAAUUUUUUGGAGUUCUCUGGUAUUUGUGAAACAUUUCCAACUCUGACUGAUAUUGGCUAAGAUGCUGAAUUGCAGUGUCUAGAUUUCACAUUUAAAGCUCGGAAGGUGCUGAUUAGUUUAAAUCUCUUCUCUUCUAACGUGUCUUGCGUGUGUGCACACACACACACUCUUCCCACUAUUGUUUCAUCACCAAUCGUGGCUUCUUCCCUGUGAAAUAUGGCCGUAUUCUAAAUAGUGAGCAGAGCUUGCUGACCCUUUUUGCUUUCUGCGUCACUAAUGUCAUAGAAAUUAGUGACACAGAAAGCCAAUGAAGUACCAUUGUUUCCUGUGACCUUUCUUCAAACAUGUUUAUUUUUCUGUCCACUUUAUCCUUGCUUUUCCACACUACCUCAGCAGCGUGCUCGCAUCACAUCUCCUAUAACCCACACUAACUGAGCAGCGUGCUCGCAUCACAUCUCCUAUCACACCCACACUAACUGAGCAGCGUGCUCGCCCCAGAUGCUCCUCUCCUGUAACCCACACUACCUGAGCAGCAUGCUCACACCAUAUCUCCUAUAACUCACACUACCUGAGCAGCAUGCUCACACCAGAUUUCCUGUAACACACACUACCUGAGCAGCAUGCUGGCCCCACAUCUCCACACUACCCGAGCAGCAUGCUCACACCAUAUCUCCUAUAACUCACACUACCUGAGCAGCAUGCUCACACCACAUCUCCUUAACCCACACUACCCGAUCAUCAUGUUCACACCACAUCUCCUUAACCCACACUACCCGAGCAGCAUGCUCACACCAUAUCUCCUAUAACUCACACUGCCUGAGCAGCAUGCUCACACCACAUCUCCUUAACCCACACUACCCGAUCAUCAUGCUCACACCACAUCUCCUUAACCCACACUACCCGAGCAGCAUGCUCACACCACAUCUCCUUAACCCACACUACCCGAGCAGCAUGCUCACACCACAUCUCCUUAACCCACACUUCCCGAUCAGCAUGCUCACACCACAUCUCCUUAACCCACACUACCCGAGCAGCAUGCUCACACCACAUCUCCUUAACCCACACUACCCGAGCAGCAUGCUCACACCACAUCUCCUUAACCCACACUACCCGAGCAGCAUGCUCACACCACAUCUCCUUAACCCACAUUACCCGAGCAGCAUGCUCACACCACAUCUCCUUAACCCACACUACCCGAGCAGCAUGCUCACACCACAUCUCCUUAACCCACACUACCCGAGCAGCAUGCUCACACCACAUCUCCUCAACCCACACUACUGAGCAGCAUGCUCACACCACAUCUCCUAUAGCCCACACUACCUGACCAGCAUGCUCACACCAGAUUUCCUGUUACCCACACUACCUGAGCGGAUUGCUCAGUUCAGCUUUCUACACAGACUGCAACCCACCUGAGCAGGGUGCUUACCGCAGCAAUCUACACUGCUUGUAGCAUACUACCUGAGCAGCUUUCUCACUCCAGCUCACCAUACUGCCUAUAACUUGCACUACCUGGUCUGUCUGCUCACAUUAGCUCCCUUUAUUGCCUAUUGCUUAUACUAUCUGAGCAGUAUGCUUACACCAGCUCUCCUCGUUCUUUAACUCCUAAUUUCUUAAUAGCUUAUUCUGCUUCCCAGAAAUUACACCCUGAUUUCCCUCCCUCCCUCCCCACUCCUCAUGUUACCACACUAUGUAGCAACCAUGUGCACUCCAGUUGUCUCUACCACCUAAGGCUUUGGUUCCAGAAUUAGCACGUUGCUUCCCAUCCCAUAUUUAAAUAAGAUGGUAGAUUAAGCAGUUAUUUCUCCUACAGAGCUCCACAAAUGUAAAUGUACGUGUGUGUGUGUGUGUGUGUGUGUGUGUGUGUAUAUAUACCUUCGAUAUCGAAAAUCUUUAAUCUGACACUAUCCUGAUAUUGCCGAAAACAUAUACUUCGACCUACCACAAUAGUAUUUUUACUUGCUCUGUAGAUCAUACUUGAAAAUUAAAGUUUAGGUGUACCCUUAUAUUGGUUAGGUUUCUUCCCCUCCUCCCAAAGGCGUUUUCACUCAACUGUUCAUUGACUGUUACACUGCACAUUUAGGUUCAAACCACAUCAUUGAAUUAUUCAAAUUGUUUACAUUUUUUUUUGUUCGAUAUGUUGCAUUUCAUUUGUCAAUUCAUUGUUAGCCUGUUAUUCCCUCCAACAUUGUGUAACACCCCUUCCUUGCCUCUAGGUGGCAUGCACACAUAAAUUAUAUGGAGCAGAUGUAAUCUCUCAGUGCCUCAUUCAAGUCCGUAAAGUCAGGGUUGUAAGAUCUGCAGAGUUGGUAUACACAUGAUAUUAUAGAACAUGUCCACAAUAACACUGUUUGCUCUGGUUUUGUAAUAUGCUGAAGGGAAGUAAUUGCGCAAUGAAAGAAAAAUGUACUUUACCGUGGAAAAAAGUUUUGCGAAAAGUGUUAUUUUCAGGGUCUUUCCCUGAAGAGGGCAUUUCCACUUCCAGUGUGAUGGUACAGGGCUCCAGCCAAAGGGAGUUAUAAUUAUACUGGCACCACCAUCUUUUAGAAAGUGUACCCAACACUAACGGAAUGAGUUGGUCAAUGGUUUGAAAUAUUUCCAAUUCAAUUAAAGGGAUACUAUUGUCACUAGAACAACUACAGUUCAAUGUAAUACCUGUAAUGUGCUUACAUUACUAUCUAGGAACACCUCUAGUGAUAGUUACUCAAAGGGCCACCACAGGUGCUUCCUGAGUCAGUGCUGCACACUAUGUAACACUGAUAUUUAGCAUCUCCACGCUCUGCAUGGAUGCUCUGAACAUUUUCCAUAGAGGCGCUGCUGAUUUGCCACACAUGCGUGAUAGCCUCCCAAUGCUUUCUUAUAACAAAACAUUGGGUUGGCUGAGAUCAUCAAGUAUGAUGAACUCAGCCAAGGGGGGCAGGGCCAGCCACGAGGAGACCUGCGCAGUACUGAAAAAAGAUGCGUAAAAUAACCUUUAACUCUUUUCACAGGGGGCCGACCUAAACUGUUUUUAAAAUAUAGUGUCAGGAUUGCAUAAUUGUAUUCCUGAAACUAUAUAGUGUUCCUUUAAGCAAAAUCUGCACCUAUGUAUGAAUAAGAAAAGAUAUCACUAGAACAACUUAUAUGGCAUAUGUUAAAUAUACUUGAUGUAGAGUUGAGUUUUUUUUAUUUAUUUAUUUUUUUUAUUCUUUGUUUAUUCAGUGCCUUUGCAAAAAUAAUGUGUGUGGUUUGGCUCGUGCAUGAGCCCAUUGGCUUUUCAGAUAGUAGUAGAUUUAGUAUACAAAGAUGCCAAAGUACAUAUUUUAGGUACAUAAAGUAGUAACAUCAGGCUACUUUCAUCCGGUGUCGUUGUUUAAAAAAAACAAAAAAAAAAACUCCCAAACUGUUAACAACCAUUUAAUAAAUAAAAACAGCGGGCUGGAGUACUGGGGGGGGGGGAGGUCACAUUUCGGUCAGUCGAUUGUUUUUGCGUCCCCUGUCUGUUUCUAUGCUCUUAUCGGUCAAUGUAGGUUUCCCAAAGUUCCCAAGUCUUGGUGAAGGCUUUGGUGGAGCCUCGUACUCUGGCCGUGUGUUUGUCCAUAAGAUGGCAUUCUUUGAUCUUAUUGAUCACUACGGGCACUGGGGGGGUGUCUGAUUGUAGCCAGGUUUGGGCCAUUGCCCUUCUGGCCGCUAAGGUUAUUUUAUUGAACAGCUGUUGGUCUGGUUUGGGCCAAUCGUCUUGGGUCUGGCAAGCAGGAAUGACCGUGGGUUUAGUUCUACUGGUCUGUCCAUAAUUUGGGCUAGUAGUGCUUGAAUUGCCGUCCAGAAAACCUUAAUCUUAGGGCAGUACCACCACAUGUGGGCGUAUGUCCCUUUCUCUCUGCAGUUUCGCCAGCAGAGGUCUGUGGGCAUCUUUUUCAUGUGGUAUAAUUGAACCGGGGUGGUAUACCACCUGAACAUCGUUUUGUAUGACUGUUCCUGCAUUGUGAUGCAGAUGGAGGUUUUAGUGUUUUCCUCCCAUAUGUCCUGCCAGUUUAUGUCAUCUAAAGCUUCCCCUAGGUCGGUUUCCCAUUUGUCAGUGUAGUGGAGGGCGCCCCAUUCCCAUGUGGUGGAGCAGAGGUGGGAGUAAAGGAGGGAGAUCAUGCCCUUUUGGUAGCGUUCUGCUUGGCAUAUUUAGUAGUUAGUAUAGUCUUUAUGACUGGGAUGUUGUGCUCUCCAUGCGUCUGAGUCCCAUUUUACAGAUGAAGUUGUGUAGUUGUUUAUUUUGUGCACCCAUACCGUGGGAUCUAGCUAGUCCCGGGCGUGUGCUCCUGUCAACUGCUGGGGAGAGAGUGGCGUUAAAAUUGCCUCCCUGGUAGUACCACUCCUGUAGGUAGUGACAAGACUGUGUCUGACAUAUAGUUCCAGAACUGUGGUGAUGGGGUGUUGGGAGCGUAUAUGUUGAUCAGGUGUAUGGUUUGUGUGUGGAUUCGGCCUGUCGCUAUUAUGUAUCUGCCCUCAGGAUCUAUUGUCACUUGGGUGAGAUGUAUAGGGCAUCUCUUGUGGACGAGGAUAGCUACCCCAUUUAGUUUUUGGAAGGCUCGCGUCUCUGCGACUACGCGGUAGGUAUGGUCACGGAGGGAGACCUGAGCAGACCUAGGCAGAUGCGUCUCUUGUAGGAAUGCGAUGUCCGGGUUUAGUCUUUUCAGUUCCCUAAAAAGUGUGCGUCGCUUGCGAGGGGCGUUAAGGCCCUUAACAUUGAGUGAGGAUAAUUUUAUGGUCAUGUUAUUUGGGUGAAGGGGUCUCUAAUAAAGUAGUGAUGUAAGGACAUGGUGCGGGGUGGAGCCCUCACCCACCUCUGCUCCCCAAGCCAUCUGCAUUGGUGGGAUUCCUUUCGGGGGUGCUCGUUGUAUCAGUCAAUGACCAGAAUAUGAUUAGGGUAGGGGUUGGGGUGAACUGUGGAGAUGUGCAAACUGGGGCGGGGGAUAGAGGGACGGGGGAUGCAGGUGGGGUACAAGUGUACCUGUCUGGUCUUAUGCAUUGCCAGACCACAGGGGGGUACCUGGACCCUAGCCUCCAUCAGGUUUUCUGCUAUCUUGGGGUCUGGGUCAUGAACCUUGUCACCGGGGGUGUCCCCUAUACCAUUAAACUUUUGUUGGGAUGAUAAGUCAAGCGCAGCUAUUGUCCGGAAAUUGUUGUGGGUAUUAAAUUCCCUUUUGUAUCGGGUUUUAAAGGACCGGGCUGCUAUGGUUGUGUGGCUGAGGGGUUGGAUGUCCUCAGAGUCUUGCUGCCUUAUGGUACUGUUCUACAGUUUUCCUGGCACUGCAGGUCCCCUCUCCGUCCCACCCCCCAUCCCAAGUUGCUGAAGGGGCUAAAACCCCUUCAGUGACUUUCCUGUAUCCAGCGCCAAUGUCCCUCGGCACUGGGACAGGGUCCGCCCAUGCUCCUCCCCGACCUAUUGAGCAUGCGAGGGUGGGGGAGACAUAAUGCGCAUUGAAUAAUGCUUUCCUAUGGGGAUUUCAGCGACGCUGGAGGUCCUCACAUAGCGUGAACACUGAAAUGUCCACUAGUGGCUAUCUAGAGGAGGACUUAACCCUGCAAUGUAAAUAUUGCAGUUUAUGAAAACUGCAAUAAUUACACUCGCAGGGUUAAGGGUAGUGGAAGUUGGCACCCAGACCACUCCAAUGGGCAGAAGUGGUCUGGGUGCCUGGAGUGUCCCAUUAACUUUUAAAUGGCAGAAAAUUGAGCAUUGAGACUGAAGUCUCAUGACCUAUACACCAAAACCACUUCAUAAACCUAAAGUUGUUUUUGUGCCUAGCGUGUCCCUGUAACCUGUUUGCACUUAACAAGUUUAAUAUUAAAUUCCUCAUGAUCCACGUUUUAGUUGAACGGGUUUGAAUGUACCUCAAUGCAACAAAAUCUAUUCAUGUGAUCGACUACUAUAUUAACUACUAUAUAAUUAUAAACUGUUUUCAUCUUAUAGGACUACAUUUUGAUUUUGUAAAAUACAUUCAGCCAUUUCUGUUUUCUAGAAUAUAUACCCCUUUCACAGAAGAUACAGAAACUGUUGGACAAAGAGCCCUGAACUCCAUCCUCAACGCAGCGAUCAUGAUAAGUGUGAUUAUAGUCAUGACAAUAUUACUGGUGCUGCUCUACAAAUACAGGUGUUAUAAGGUAAUGGAUUUAUGACUUCUGUACACUUGUGAUGUGUCUGCUCUUAUUAACAUACUAUCAUUCUGUAAUUCAUGUAUUAUUUUUAGUGUUUUAUUAGUGAAUCUGUAUAUAUUUAGGUAAAGUGCUUUCAUAAAUGAUCAUCAAAUUAAGGAAACCAUUUAGCUUUAUCUUUUACCUCUGUGCAUACAGUUUUGCCCGUGGAGAGAGGCAUACAGUAUAAGUAAACAUUUGGGUACGGCUUACAUUUCUGCAGCCUUCACUGGUGGCUGGGAAAUUGACACUUCUAGAUGGUGGUAGCUUCAACCAGUGUCUAGAAGUGUCAGGUGUAGAAGAAAAUAUUGAGACAAAGUUAUCCCUACUUUUGUCUCUGUAUAUCUUUUGACUAGAUUGAGUAAAUCAUAUAAAUGGGCUGGAAAUACCAUUUUGUUGUCCAUUUACAUAGAAUAUGCCACUUGUGGUUGGAUUUUUGAAUGGCACAGUCAGGACUUCAUGGGUCUUAGCUAGGCUCUACAAGGCAGUAUUGUACAUUUAUGCCCCUGUGCACCAGCCACCAUUUAUUAAUUUGUUUUUGUCAUCCCUGUGUGAGUGUUAUUUCUGAAGAACAGAACAGAUAUAGAAGCAGCCCAUUUUUAUUUGAAGGAACACUAUAGUCACCCAGACCACGUUAUCUCAAUGCAGUGGUGCCGUCAUUUUAACCUCGCAAUGCAGAACAUUGCAGUUUAUUUUUUUAUUUUUUAGAAACUGCAGUGUUAACAUUGCAGGGUUAAAUCAGCUUCCAGUGGCUGUCAUAGUGACUAGAGUCCACUAGAGUAAAACAUGGCCUGGAAAUCCAAUGCUGCUGAUGACAGACUGGAGGAGCACAACGUUUGGCCGCGCAUGCAUCCCUGCAAUUCAUUGUUUCUCUAUGAGAAAAAAAAGCAACCGCAGAGAUGUUGUCAGGCAUACCUACAUUUUAAAAGGUGCAGCUGCAGCAGAGGACACCCAACGCUGGAAACAAGGUGAGUAGUCUUUAUUUUUACUUUUUUAAACACAGAGCGGGUUGGAUGGAAGGGAAUCUACAGAGCCAAAAUGAUGAUUAUUUUGGGAUUAGAAAUUUCCCUCUAGUAGUCUCUGGCCCAACGUUUUUUCUCUUGAAUCUUGAAAGGGCAGUUAUGAAGCCAUGAGAGGCUGCCAAUUGCCAAAGAAAGAAAAUGUUUCAAUCAGGAGGGCUAAAAUUGGAUAAUCGUUUUGUACGUUAGAGGAACAGUGCAAAUAAUAGGAGUCAAGAUGAUCGAGCUGACAAUAAUAUAUGCCAGAGUUCAGGGACUGAACAAAGUUAUUCACUAAAGUGAGAAGUGCCGGGGAUUCAAAAUGAAUUUUAAAAUGUUACGGUCACAAUAGCUGGCUGGAUGUGUUUUUCUCACUAGCUCCUGCUAACUUGAGCUAAAUUCAAGCAAAAACCCCUGCUAACCAAGAAUCUGAGCUCCGAACUGACGCAUAAGCAAGCCAAGAACAAGCUGUCCAACCCAGACCGGACCCCCUUAUUGAGCAGCAACCGUAUUCCUAGCAGAGUCCUACCUGAGCAGGCACUGGCCGGGGCGAGAGGCGGCCACGCUCCCGUGGUGGUGCCUGCCACAUAGUGCUUCACUUCAGGAGCCCCGCUUCCCCCCCUUGGAUUGGCGGGGGUUAUCCCAGUCCCCAGUGGGUACCCAAAGUUAACAUCCGACAGUAACACAAACGGAUCCCUAACAGCAGACAAAGCCCUGAGAUACAGCAGUGGAGGGAAUCGUUUAACGCCAGGUUCGAGGCACUCUGCCAGGAGUUCUGGCGUCGCCUCAGCACUCGACCACAGCUAAAGACCCCUCAAGCUACAAUGUCAAAGCAACUGGGACCCGUCCAAGGUGCUCCAGACACACAAGUACCUUCCAACAGGGCUCCCUACACACCUGGACCAAGAGCCAUCCGAGGCGCUGCCUCGGCCCAGCACCCACAUGUGCAGCAGAUUACUUACCAAUGGCAGACCGCACCAUUCAGACCCUCUACCCGUCCUGGAGCAGGAAAGAACUCAACUCCCAGGAGUGCCAGAAGCAGUGGACCUACAGAACAGGCACUCCUACAGGCCUGGGGUCGGAAGAAAUCCUCAACCAAGCAAGAAGCCGGCGUCUCGUGCCUGAGCUUCCAUACCCACAGAACGACUGUAUUCUCAAUCCAGUACAAGACCACGAAGGGGAAACGGAGUCUCUGCAAACUUUCUGUGCACUCCCUGAGCUAGUCGGCUGACCACGCUCCCCUCAUAGUAUGCUGGCCCACAGUCUAAGCUCCAACUGAGAAUAGUGGAAGCCAUUUGUCAUACCUGCCCAAUACAUUUGAAUAAGACCCGGUGGAACAAUAGCUUUACAGUUAUAUUAGAUAUUCCAGCGUGUUUAGCCUUUUUUUUAUAUUUUUAUAAUUUCUACUUAUACCUGCUAGGCAUGUUUACAGAAAGCCUGUUACCUGUUAUCAUCAUGCUAAUACGCAUACUUAUCUUGCCUUCUAUUUACUCAUAUUUUACUUUUUUUAUUUUUUUUUUAUUUCCAUACUCCUGUCUCACAAGCAUGUCUUAUAACCCAUUUCUACAUAACCGUUCACAUGUCUAGGUAGCUCACAUUAAUUGCAUAAUUAAUUUUUCUAUAUACUUCAGACAUGUUCGAAUAGCCUGUGAAUUUACUACUUAAUCAAAAAAUGUGUGCAGUGAUCUACUAUGUCUUGUACUUGUUAAAAUAUUUAUAUUACACUUAUUGUUAUUGCUGUUGGGGCAUUGCAAGAGCGCGUGCCCAAUCCUUUGUACCACAAAAAUAAAGAAUAAUAAAAAAUAAAAAAAAUAGCUGAACAUAAAAAAAUAUUCGGCUAAAUUUUUUUUAAAAAUUUGACAAUUUUUAUUCAGACACGAAGUUGCAUUACAAUUGCGCGUGCAUUUUGGAUACCUUAGUCGCGUUUGCAUAUAUGAUAGAAUGUAUCGGUUACAAUUAGAUUUGGCAUUUCAGUGCUGCAUAAUGAUGCUAGGUUCAUAAAUCAUGCAUACUACAUGUCUCAAACAUUUUGUGGGGAUGACCCUGGGUUUUCCAGGUGAUUUGGCAAUAAUUCCUGCGUACUUAAGAGCGGAUGACCAGCAACAUUCGGUUAAUUUAAAGUAAAAAUCAAUAGAAAUAUUCAAGAAGCGCAAAAAAUACAAUAUUGUCACAUACACUUUAAAUUCCCUGUAAAUCUCACUUUAGUAAUUAACCCUAGUGUGUACUGAAAAUCUUUUUGCAUUUUGAACUGAACUAGAAGAGUAGAGAGAGAGGGGCAUUUAAAAGUUGUUGCCAUUUCAUCAGACUGAUCAUAUUUUAUGACAUGGCGCACAGUCAAUUGUAGAGUCUGUCAAUCUUUAUAAAGUGUCUGAAGUACUAGCUGUACAUGUCCCAGGCUGCCGAAAAUUGAGUCACAAUCUCUGAUGACAGCUGCAAAUUGCAGGAGGGGCCGGGAUUGAUUGCAGCUGCUCCCCAGGGAGUGUGUGUUUAUCUUGUAUUCAACAAGGACACCUAUAUAUAUGAUAUACCGUAACUAGUUUUGACUCCGGUCCUAGCAAGCUUUUAAUAACCGCAAAUAAAUUAUAUUUGGAACCUUAAAGCAUUUGUCAGAAAUUUGGCGUCAAACCUUAACCCCCAGGGCUUCACUGCAUCUAAACGAGCCUUGCUACUCUGCGGAAUGCUGUAUAGCUGCAUUGUAGAUGAUAUACAUAUAUUUUUUAAGAUAAAGCAAUAUAUGAGAAAAAAAGGUCCGGUAAUAAGCCUACAGGAAAAUAUGUAGCUGAAUGCUAGACUAUGCAUGAAAUGCUGCACAGCCAAGUGAUGGUGACAGGUUGUGGCCCCAGAGCAUAGUUUGUCUUUACAUGAUGGUUGGAAUUCACCAGUUAAGAAAGGACAAUAAUGUGAAAACAAUUCAUCUAUUAACACAUGACAAAGUGACUUCACAGAAUAAAUGACAUACUAUGGUUAACCUAGGGUGUAUUUUUAUUUUUUAAAUUGCUUUCCUUUCCUGAUAGAUAUAUAUAUUAUGUAUUAGGGUUCCUUUCUUAAUACAUAAAAUUGAGGGAUUUGCUCGAAGCGAAUAAAUCGAAGUGUAUCUAUGGCCAGUAGUUGUAAUUUACGUCUGUCUCAUAGCUUCUGCACGUGCUGGCAUUUUAUCCGCUCUUACCCCUUUGAUCAAUACUCUGGUUUGGUUUGUUGAGAGAUGUAAACAAACCGUGUAUGCAAUGAGAUCAAUCUGUAAAUUGCUUGUUUUCCCCCCAUUUCUUUCCUUUUUCUCUGGAUCGUUUUUCCUCUCUCCAACCUUUUUAUAUAUAUGACUUGGUCUACAGCAGGGGUUCUCAACGUUAAUCCUCAGGACCCCCUACCAGUCCAGGAUUUGGGGAUUACCUGGGUGUGUCUAAGGUGUUUAGAAAAAGAAGAAAAAGAACACCUUAGAGUCUAAGGUGUUUUUUUUCCCUUUUUCUAAACACCUGAGACACACCCAGGUAAUCCCCAAAUCCUGGACUGGUAGGGGGUCCUGAGGACUGGGUUGAGAUCCCCUGGUCUACAGGCUCCUGCAACAAAUAAAUGCUUAAAGGAUGUAUUUUACAAAAACCAUCCCCAAGAAACCACAUUCUUAAAGUGUUUAUUUUUAAUGAGUGCCCAUAAAUAAAACCAGAAUCUUGCGACCCUUUAAGGAAUCCAUAGAUUGCCAGUAACAUUUGUGUUUGCAUGUAUUUCAGAACUAGAGCCUUAUUUUCCCCCUCCCUCCGCCCCCGUUUCUUAAAGAGAAACUAUAGUGCCAGGAAAUCAAAGUUUAAAGUGCCCCCUUCUUCUUCCCUCUCUUCCUGAAUGGGUUAGAACCCCUUUCUGUCACUUACCAGAUUCCAGCGAUGAUGUUUCUCGAUGCUGGCUUGGGCUCCGUCUCCAAUCCUUCCCUGCCGAUGUAAUGCCGACAGGAGACCUAAUGCGCAUGUGCUGCAAUGGCAGGGCUCGCAUACGGACUCCCCCAUUCACCCCCCCACCCCCCUUAGUAAAGCAUUAUAUAAUGCUUUCCUAUGGCAUUUUGGAUGACACUGGACCAAAAGUCGCCUAACGAACCAGAAGUCCCUCUAGUGGCUAGAGGUGGAGUUAACCCACAAAGGUAAUGAUUGCAGUUUAUUUAAAAACGGCAAUAAUUACCUUUGCGUUGUUAAGGGACCUGGGAAUAUGCCUCCACACCACUUCAAUGAACUGAAGUGAUCUGGGUGACUAUAGCGUCCCUUUAAUAAAUGUUCUCCCAUUUUGGCACUGGAAGAAUUGAAAUCGAUAAAAUGUCCAUUUAUUCCAGCUGUGUCCGUCUCCUCACUGUGUAUUCGACAUUCCUACACUGAAGUUAUCGUUACUGCAGUGCAAGUUCAGGAGAUCUAACAGAAGUCCCUGUUUAGGUGUUUCCGGCUCUCCGGUGUUGGUACUGGAGACGCUGCGGCAUUUGUUGGCGGUUUAUAAAUAAUCUAUUAAUGCUGUGCCAGACAUAACAAGCAAACUUACAUUUAAAAAAAAAACUAAUUUCUGUCCUUGUUCUCUUUUCCAGGUUAUCCAUGGUUGGCUCAUCAUAUCUUCCCUGUUGUUACUGUUUUUCUUCUCCUUUAUCUAUCUGGGGUAAGUAGAUCUGAAAGAAACAGUCCAAUACCCUCUGAAAAACCGUAAGAUCCUUAAAUUAUAUAUGUCAUGCUAAAAAAACAUAUAUAUGGUGUUCCUUUACAGAUAAUGCAGAUCCAGAAAUACUUCUGCUGGUGAAAUUUAAAUUCUAUAGAUCGCAAAUGUUGUUUAUAUUGAAGGUUCGAGACUUUAAUUGUAACUGAAAUCACCAGGAAAUAAUGCUGUUGAGGAUUUAGGAAUAUAUUCCAUCUGUGUGCUGAUCAUGUGAUUGACAAUUAAUUCUGUACUUGUAAAAUAAUGUUUAUCUCCGUAAUCCACUUACUUUAGUAGAUACAUUCCUUUCUCUAGACUGAAAAGAGCCAGCAGAGGUUAAGAAGUUACGACUGAGUUGCCUUGAAGUUAGAGUGGACAUACAACUUUCAGGAUUAAUUAAACUUUCCUUUUGGGGUUGGCACUUCGAUUGUUGUCCUGCUACUGAUUAUUAGGAAGUUCACAGAUUUGAUUUAAACCCAUUGCAGAUUUUUAUCAUAUAGAUUAUUUUUUGUGCACUUUUUUUAUGGAUGGUGUCAACUCUAGUAGCUAAACUGAAACCCUAAACUGCUCUUUCUCCACUCACAGCUUCUUUGCUACAUGCUGUGGUGGGAAACAACAAUGUUUUCAAACCGCAUCUAUUCCUCCUUUUAGAUUGUAAGCUCACAGGCAAUCUAGCUAAGCACUUUAUAUAAAAGAGCUUCAGUGGCUAGAUAUCAGCUUAUGGGCAGGACCCUCUCUACCUUUUUGUAUUUGUCUGUGUAUAUUGUACGUCCUCCACUAAUUGUACAGCGCCGCGGAAUCUGUUGGCGCUUUAAAAAUACCAGUAAUAAAUAAAUUCCCCAAAAUGAUUUUGCUGAGAUUAAAUGAUGUUGGUGCUUAGACUGUCCCUUUAAUGCCAGGGUUUGCCGCUGUUCUAGACAUGUAUCCGCAACCAUCGGAUUCUUCCCUGAAGCUCCGUCAAUCUAGAGCCCCUCAUUAGCCCCUGAUUAGUGGAGUCUUAUUUUCACAUAAACCCCCAUGAAAUGGAAGUGGAGUUUUUGGGAUACAGAUUUUAUCCAUAAGCCAGAGUUAACUCAUGAUAUCCUAGUUCAAAGAUUUAUUUUUUAUUUUUUUUCAGAUUUUUUUUCCAGAAAGGGAAGAUAUGAUUUUCCUUUUGUUUAUUCUUAUUAUUUAUAUAGCGCCAUCACAUUCCGUAGCGCUGUACAUUGGGUGGACUAACAGACAUGUAAUUUUAACCAGACAACUGGACAUACAGGAACAGAGAGGUGGAGGGCCCUGCUCAAUGAGCUUACAUUCUAGAGGGAGUGGGGUAUAGUGACACAAAAGGGUAAAAGUAGGGAUACGAAGUAGGUUGUUAGAAAAGUAUUCAUUGAGGGCUUAGUAUGUAAUUUUUGACAGUUGCAGGAGAGGAGUCAUGGGAUGUGGGGGAUAAAAACCUGCUUACAGUUUAACUGAUAUGCUUUCUUGAAGAAGUGAGUUUUCAAUUAUCUUUUUGAAUGAGUGGAGACUGGGUGAAAGUCUUACGGAGAAGGGAAGGGCGUUCCACAGAAGAGGUGCAGCCCUGGAGAAAUCUUGGAGGCAAGCAUCAGAGGUGGGAGGACGGACAGAGGAUAGAUGUAGGUCUUUGUCAGAGCGUAGGGGCCUCGAUGGGACAUACUUGUGUAUUGGGGAGGAUAGGUAGGUUGAGCAGCAUUAUGUAGGGACUUGUAAGCAAGCACCAGAAUUUUAAAUUGAGCCCUAUAUUUAACUGGAAGCCAGUGCAGGGACUGACAGAGCGGGGAGGCGUGGGAGGUGCGAGCGGACAGGAAAAUGAGCCUCGCUGCUGCAUUCAUUAUAGAUUGCAGCGGUGCAAUCAUGUAAGACCACUGAGAAGGGUAUUGCAGAAGUCAAGGCGAGAGAAAACAAGAGCAUGGACCAGCACCUUAGCCGCAUCUGGGGUUAAAUAGGAGCGAAUGGGCGCUAUGUUUUUGAGAUCAAAGCGACAGGAUUUGGUGAUUGAUUGGAUAUGAGGGGUGAAGGAGAGGUUUGAGUCAAAAAGAACACCCAGGCAGCGAGCCUGUGAGGUAGAGGUGAUGGUAGCGCCGUUGACUUGGAGGGAGACAGACACAGUAGUAGUAACACUUGAGGGAGGAAAGACCAGAAGUUCUGUUUUGGACAGUUACAAGUUAGAUGGCUUAUAAAUGAGCAAGUAAACAUUUUUGCAAAUCUCUGCAGUUGUAAUUCACUCAGCACCAGAACCUUCGCAGUAAUGCAGAGUUGCUCUGGCGAUAAGAGUGGUCAUUUAAUUCCGGUAUUAUCAGGAGGUCCAGUACUACUUGUUUCGCUGCUCCUACAGUUCAAGUUAUAAAAUCUUCUAGUGCUACUUUCCUAAAAUGUCUGCACCCAGCAUCAAAACCUACUUGAUAUACCUCUCUGAAAAAUAAAAUUGUAGGUGUCUUUGUUUUUGUAGGCUUCGACUAAACUAACGUGAGCCAAAUUUUUUAAUUCUCUUUUAUUUUGCUAACAUUGCAUGCACAUGUCAUGUUUUAAAACAAUCAAAAACAUGACCGUUGUGUUUUUUUUUUUUUUUUACAGUUUACCCAUCACGUGCUUAUUGUUGCAAACUUUACUUCGAAGGAAGAACAUGAUUUAAUAUUCCAAUAUUCAAAAUAUAACAUGAAAUCAGACUUUGAUAUUUCACUGUAAAGUGGAUUUCAGCCAUGUCUUUUAAUGCGUUCUAAAGAUAAUGUGAUAGUGAAAAAUAUAUACUGAAGCAAGGCACACAUUAUCAGCCCCAGGUACCAUUUGUGUCACCAUGGUGACCUGGUUUCCGGAAUCUGUCAAACAUUCUUUAAUCUUUUUAAACACAUUUUUAUUCUGUUCAUCUCCUUUUUAUAAAAUAUAGAUUUUUGUUUCCAGAGCUUUAAAAAUUCCGUCUUCUUUCUUUUCAGAGAAGUGUUCAAAACAUAUAAUGUAGCCAUGGAUUACAUCACGCUGGCUCUGAUGAUAUGGAAUUUUGGUGUUGUGGGAAUGAUCUGUAUCCACUGGAAAGGACCCCUCAUUCUACAGCAAGCUUAUCUCAUUAUGAUAAGUGCCCUAAUGGCUCUUGUAUUUAUUAAAUAUCUCCCAGAAUGGACAGCCUGGCUUAUCCUAGCAGUGAUAUCUGUUUAUGGUAAGCAUAGAUUUGAAAAGGAAGAAAAGAAUUAAAAAAGAUGUUUGUAAAUUCAUACAAUCUGACCACAGGGCAGCAUUUCCUGAUAUACGUCAUUUAGAUUGUAUGCUCACGGGCAGGGCCUUCUACCUAUUGUAUCUGUCCGUAUUGUGUUGUCUUUCCCAAUUGUACAGCGCUGCAGAAUAUGUUGCCAGUAAUAAUAAUAAAAAAAUCAAUUUUAUACAAAUGUGGAGGAAUUUUUUUUUCUCUCCAUGUGUCCUCUGUGAAGAUGUCUAAAUGGACAUCUGUUAAGGAUUUUAAUAUGCUUUAAAAUAAAUUCAACUAAGCAUGUGCACAGCUAAGUAUGAAAAUAUGCACUUCUUGGUAUGAUAUAGACACAGCAGAAAUGACCGCACUCCAAGGACUUUAUAGAGAUUUUCAAAUAAAAUUUAACUUUUAUUCAAUCCAUUUAAAAAGUCAACGUUUCAGCUCCCACGUGGAUCUUUCAUCUUAGUAUGAUAUAGGUGUAUGGAGUUUCUAGCAUUGAAAUGGGGCUGUUGUCCCAAGUAAUACGGUCUUAUUUUUGACUACCACUUUAUAUCUUUACAUGUAUUGCAUAAUGGUGGCAACACAAGGCCAUUGGAGAUUUAGAACUGACAGACCCAAUUGUUUAAAGAAAAAUGCUCCUAUGUCAACUUAUUCGGCUUAUGUAAUGGAACGUGCAGGUUUGCCUUCAACCCGGCUGGUAAUGCGGUCAUACACGAGACUGGCAUAUAAUUGGGUCAUCACCAAUUCUAUAUGGUACUAUUGGUCACUGUGAGGUUCAAAGGCACCAAUCCGAUUCAGGGCCAUAAACAGAAUGCUUCAGUUAAGACUGUUCUCCAUGUUUAUAAACAAUUACAUUUUUGAGACUCUGCUGUAUUUAUUCUGAUAUUUAGCAUAUUCUUGACAACAAAAUAGAAAUAAAUCAACCAGUUAACCAUAAUCCUUCCCAUGCCUCAGGUAACAGAUACCUUAAUAAGCAGCCGUUGGUGUAUUCUAUAUCUGUGUGGCGCAAUUUAAUUGUAAAAUCAGUUUGCACUUCUCAGAUUGUCCGUCUCUUGUCUUACUUGCCUUAUGUUUUCUUCCAGAUCUCAUCGCAGUGCUCUGCCCAAAGGGACCACUACGUAUGCUGGUAGAAACUGCGCAGGAGAGAAAUGAAACCCUUUUCCCAGCUUUAAUAUAUUCUUGUAUGUAUACAGAAUUGUGCCUUUUUUAUUCAAUAACACUGUCAUGUUGUGUAGAAGCAUUAUAGAAACAAUGAUUGGGUUCUUGGUUUUGACCAAGGUAUAAAUUAAAGGGGAAAAUCCAGAUUAAAGUUGACAUUAUCUAGAUAAUGUAUUCUAAAACAAAAUAUAUGCUUUCAACAACAAUACAUAGUUAAAAGUAUUCUCACUUUUGAAGUUCCAGCAUUUACGGCAAAAUCUUGAGUUACCCAGUGACUCGUGCAAUUGGAAUAUUGAAUUCCAAAUGCACACAAUUACUUUCUGGACACAGGACAGGUUUCUCUGAAUCGUAGUUCGGUUAUCAGCUUUCUACUGAGACUGCUAAUGGUUAAACUACAGCUCCCAAAAAUCUUUGCUGUUAGCUUGCAUAUUAUAAAAAAAAUAAAAUAAUCAUGUAAUCAGGUUAGCUUUCAAAUUCCCUUUUAGGUAAACAUUUGUAGUUGUUUAUUUUGAAUUCAAGCUUGGCUCAAGAAUUGUGUGGUUUUUAUUUUUUUUACUUUCACGAUGUAUGGAAUUUAUUGGGUUUUAUGAGAAUCUUCUGUUUUUCCUAGCUACCAUGAUUUGGUUAGUGAAGAUGGCAGAUGGUGAUCCAGGAUUUAAACAGAGUGUGUCAAAGAAACCAUCGUACAACACUCAAGGUAAACAUUCACAGAAUAAUCCAACAAUAUUGUAAAUAAAUAGAUUGAGUAAAGUAGAGCAAUGGUUGGAAAGUCUUUAAGUGAUAUGUUUAAUGAUGACAUACAUAAGUGAAAUAUUUUGCAAAGUUUUACUCCUUGCACUUAGAGGGCGCCAAGGCACUCUUAUCACCAUAGCCACUAUAGCAUGGGACAGUGGUUAUAGUGUUUGGAGUGCUCCUUUUAAAUCACCAAAUCAACUUUAGCUUUUGAAUAAAACCAUUUUUACUUUUUAGACCAUGCCUACGUGCAUUUCUGUCAUUGAGGGACUAAGUCACUUUGUUUAUGCAGCUCUAGCCACACCUCUACUCACUGUGACUCAAAUAGCCACCAUGGAAAAUUUUAUUUUUACAGCACAGUGUGUUUACUUUAGAAUUUUUUUACCUCCUGCUCUGUUAAUUGAACUUUAAUCACACAAAUAAGACUGCUAUAGGCUCUAACCAACAUACACCAGAAAUGAUAGAUUUAAGAAAUUAUAGAUUAAACACAGUAGUUAACAAGGGAAGCAAAAAAAAAUGUGUAAACUGAGGAGGUGUGUAGGGAGUCACAGCCAGGAGAGGUGGGGGCCCAAGGCUGCACAAACAGUGCUUAAUUCUCUGCCAUUUGUUAGACUUAAAACCUGAUGGGCGAACGAGAGCAGACGCAUCUUCUUGGGGCUCCUCAACAAUCCUGCACUUUGGGGCAAUUAUCCCUACAAUUGCCAACCAUCAAAGAGAGAGACACACUGCUAAUACCCCAGGGGGCCUCCCAGCCCGGACGGAUGCCCUUUAUAUACGCUACGAAGCUGAGGAAAGUGAAACACAAGCCUCUGGCCUAAUCUGGCCGAGAUUGAAGCGCUCCUAAGGGGAUCCCCAGCAACAAACCUCUGCAGCACAGCGGAACACAACCAACCUAACGUGCAGGGCGAUACACUCACCAUGGGGCGCCGUUCCCAAAGGACGCCUACAAGCACAGUGACAGAUCCAAGGGAUAUUGGAACCCUGCUGCAGUGUACACCACAGCCCAAGAUGGCGCACACGAGAGGCCCAAAGGCCUUCACUUCAACUAACCUCGAGGUACGGGCAGAACCACAAGUACAGCUCACGGUCCCAGACAGGACUCUCGCCAUAUCAGCACCACUAGCAGGGCAAGAACUUGCCACCAAACAAGACAUUCAGAAAUUCCUCCUGGACAUUAAGCAAAUGCUAGCUGCUGACACAGCUAUACUCAAGGAAGAGGUCAAGGCGGUAACGGACAGGGUCCGCGCCUCCGAAGAGGACAUCUUGGAUUUGCGCGGCAACAUGUCUCACCUGCAAGAUGCUCUCCGGAACGUUGAAUCCUCACAACAAAACCUGAAUGCACGCUUGGCGGUCAUGGAGGACAGAAGCAGGAGGCACCACAUAAAGGAGAGGGGCAUACCCGAUGGGGCCCCCUCGGAAGAGUUACCACACUACCUGAGGCGCCUGCUGGCCACUAUUCUACCCCAACACACAGCCAGGAAACUGACCAUAGAUGGGACAUAUAGGCUGCCGCAGCACCUGAUUGUCACUCGCGAUGUCAUAGUCCGGUGCUCCUCUCUACUAGAUAAGAGAAGCAUCAUGACCAUGGUGCGCGAUAAAACGCCAUACCUGUUUGAGAAUGCACAUCUCACGUUCUAUCAAGACCUUACGAGGUCCACACUUCUGUGGCGUAAAUCGCUCAGACCAAUCACCGGCCGCUUGCGGGACGCUGGCCUGACUCACCAGGGAGCUACCUACAAGCUCACGUCCAUUGCGGACGCACCGCAACUCCCGCAGGCUCUGGGACUACCCGCUAUGGAUGGGGAAGAAACACCACCAGCUGCCCGAACAUGGGACCCUAAUCAUCUGAUCCCUUUUGUGCCAAGAGGCGCCUCUCUGACCCAAACAGAGACAUGACUGCAACAACCUGCAGUGCCACAGAGCACCAGCCUCUUUAAUAUUACUUGUGUUACCGUUUGAACUGUUUGAAAUGUUAAUUUAUCCGUAACAUGUUUGAUGCACACCCCACGAAACCGACACCUCUCACCCACACCUAAGCGCCUGAGUCGGCUGGACCAUUAAGCUCCACAGAGCGUUUUCCCAGCCCACACCACUCAAAGCCUUAAGCCGGACGCACUGCUAUACUCUCCCCCCCCCCACCGGAACCACUUUAUGGUAAGGGACACCUAAAACCGACACCCCCUCAACAUAAUUUACUUACCCCUUAUCACCCACAGGCACCCCGUAAAGCAACACUACUCACUUUAACUGAUAUCUGUACCUAACGGCAAAUUAAGCGGUUUUCAACCCCUCAGAGCUGUAUAGAACAACCAUAAUCACUGCAACUCAUGCAGACUGGAUACACCCUGCUGACAGAGACCUUGCCUUACUACAGUUGUAAUCUGGCUAAUGAUGCAGGGAUUCAUGUUUUCUCCCCUCCCUAUCUCUGUGUUGUGGAUAAUGCACCAUAGCAUCACAGCUAUUCUAUAACUUGUUUAAAACAGCAUGCUUAGCAAUUCUGUGUAUUCCUCUACCUAGACAUGUUUAUCUCACUUGUUUACAUUAUUUUAAAAAGAGGCAGCAUAAUCAGGAGUCUAUCUGGCAAUGCAUACUAUACUAUUGUCAUUUGGAUAUGUGCCUUAAUUCUGUCUCUUAUCUGUUAUGUGCUGCAAACUGCAAAAAUAAAGAAAGAAUGACAAAAAAAAAAAAAAAAACCUGAUGGGCAUGGUAUUUACACUGAAGCCACACCAUUAAGCUAAAGUUGAUUUGGUGCUUAGUGUCCCUUUAACUAUUCCAUUUAGUCAACAAAGUACCGGACUAUUUUUGUUGAAGGGGUUUUGCAACAAGUUUUUGAGCCAUGACCUCCCUCCAUCUGUUGAUUUGAACAGAGUGUGUGUGUGUGUGUGUGUGUGUGUGUGUGUGUUACCGCUGUUUAAAGCAGUAUCUUGUUUAGUUUGACCUAGCUCAACGUCUACGUUUUCUUUUUUUAACGCACUAUAUGAGUAAAAGGCAGUUAAUGCCUCUGCGAGGGUGAUUGUAUGUAUGUUUUCUAUCUGCGGCUUUGUUUUAUAUUACCAUAAAAUAACACAAACUCCUUGUUUGUCUAUUUUAGAUAGGUGUCAGAGUUUUUGUAUCGGAUUUUUAUUUUUUACCCUCCCUUCUCUCCCUCCCCACAGCCGGUCUCAUAACCUUAGUUUGAUCUGCAUAAAUAAGUAUUCUGGGAAUGCAUAUAUAAUAACACGUACACUUUUUUUUUUAGUUUUCUCCUUUUAAAGGAAUUUCCCUGUAGGCUUGACCUUCUGUGAUACAGACCAACUUAAGCAUUGCAUUUCUCUACAUUCUGAAGCCAUAUAUAUAUUUUCAAUGUAGAAAACUGGUUCAAUGUAGAAAACCGACUGACUGGCAACUUAAAAUUUUUUUGGGACCACUAGUAUAUUCUGAAAGGCCCAUUCCAUUAAAAAAAAAAAAAAGUAAAUUCAAGUAUGAUAAAAUUAAUGAGCAUAUAUUUUUGUUAUUUCUCAAUGAUUUGAAACCAUUCAAAAUAUGUUAACUCCUUCAGGACAGAUGACUUCCUAGAACUGCCAUGGUUUCAAAGAGCUUGCCCAAAUCCUUUUGUUAUGAAUGGGUUAAUAAGCUUCUUCUCUGCUAAAGCAACAAAGGCAUCCAACCUAUGACUACCCUCUGUUUUAACAUAUAGCUAUAGGCUACAGUUUAUCUAUCCUGACAACAAAAAUAUGAAUGGGCAGAAUUCUACAUGACUAAUUUUAUGUGCAUUGUUUGGGCAUUCAUAUGUAGUAUUUAGUGGUUAGUGUCAUAUUCAUCAGUUGGAAGAUAACCUUAAAAGUGUGAUAUGAAAGUAUAGCCUUCCCUCCUCCUUUCCUGACCAUUUCCUCCUUUCCAUUCCUGUCCCUUUCCUGCUUUCCUUUACCGUCCCUUUCCUUUCUCGUCCCUUUCCUCCUUUUUUCCCCCCGUCCCUUUCCCGUCCCUUUUUCCUCCUUUCCCGUCCCUUUUUCCUCCUUUCCCGUCCCUUUUUCCUCCUUUCCCGUCCCUUUCCUUUCCCGUCCCUUUCCUUUCCCGUCCCUUUCCUUUCCCGUCCCUUUCCUUUCCCGUCCCUUUCCUUUCCCGUCCCUUUCCUUUCCCGUCCCUUUUUCCUCCUUUCCCGUCCCUUUUUCCUCCUUUCCCGCCCCUUUUUCCUCCUUUCCCGCCCCUUUCCUUUCCCGCCCCUUUUCUAUAUCAGUUGUCUACCUUUGGACAUUUUUCAUCAGUUGACAUGCUAGUUCAACAAAUAAUUUCUAAACUGAUAUUGCUAUUGUGGACUGUGAACUUCUGCAUAUGUGAUCACACAAAUGAACGAUAACCGAGCGCUGUAGUGGUUAUGGUGCUUAGAUUGCCCCUUUAAUCUGCAUGUACAUGGAUCUCUGAGACUGAAAAACGAGUGACUCUAGCCUGGUGUUCUAUUCAGUACAAAAAUGAUUCUCCAUAGAAUGCAGUGCAUUCAUAUAUGCUGGUAUUUCUACCUCUCUCUUUUUCUGUAUCUCUAUUAUCCUCAAUGUUUCGGUUGAAAGUAUGACAUUGCUUGUGCUAAGGCGUAAACUAUGUUGAUGGACAUAUUGUACAAUGGGCUUUGUAUUUCUGAAUUCCCUAGUGCCUGCUGCCCAAAGGAGUACCAGUGCAACCUCUGAUGAUAAUGGUGGAUUUGACACUGAGUGGGAGGAACAUAGAGACACAAGAAUUGGCACAGUUGUGUCAACUGAAGAAUCAAGAGCCGCAGUGCAGUCAUUGCCUAGCAACAGCCCCCCAAGCGAAGACCCUGAAGAGAGUGAGUGUGCUAUACUAGACAACUUUGCUAAAGGUUUUCAUUCUGUACAUGAACACAUGCCCUGACACAAUGGCUAAUGUGCUAAUUCUCCAUACAGGAAAUGUCCUGUAAUGACAGAAAGUUCAAGGAAGCUUGGGGUAGCUCCCUUGAAUAGGAAUUCAACAAUGUAAUUUACUAAACUCUGAAUUGUAGAAUAUUAUUCAUGUUUCAAUGGCAUACUUAAGGCCAAAAUAACUGAUUCACCAUUUCAACUUGGCUAUUUUAAACCUUUAUUCUAAUUAGGAAAUUCCAAUUUUGGUUUGCUACAAUAACUAUAAUAACCUUGAAUAACCUGUAAAAUCAAAAAGACAUACUUUUGCUUUUGAGGUAGAAAAUGGAAAGACUAUCUGGUGUCGAUAUAGAUCUGGUAUUCAUAGAUGUAAGCAAUGGACUGCUUUGACUACCAUUACACAACUAUAGCUGUCUGAUGCUGACAGUCUCUGCCUGCUAACCUAACUCUACUUGUAGAAAUUUAGCAGGUCUGUCUUAUUUGAUGGCAGUUCCUACAAUACAGCUGUUAAAGUGACAUUCUGUAUAUCAAGCAAUUGCCAAUUAUGGAGGCAAUGUCCUUUCUGCUUACAACAUUUGCAGUUUUGAAACGGAACAUUCCACACUCAUCGUUGAUUUUCAGUAUGUAAAGCUUUCACCACCACACCUUCCUUUCUUAUCAUAGAAGUGCUCGCAGGCGUGAGCUCUGACAAGACACAUUUUUGAUAGAAGCCUUCCCCUGUGGCAAAUGUAACUAAACUCUGCUUUGUGGGCCGUCUCAGGCCUCCAGCCAUAGCGCUCGGAAUGUGCAGGAGGUUUGGGUAGGACCCUUCUAUGACUCUCCAAACGCAGGUCAGACAAACUGCUUUCUUCUCUGUGCCUGCUAAACACAUGUCCAUUAAUUUUACGGCGUUGUAAAAUCAAGCCUCAAAGCAUUAGAACAGUAAUCUAAAAUACCCAGUCCACUGUCUACUUUGCUCAAGGGGUGGAGAUCAUGUUUAGGACCCCUUCCAGAUUUCCAGUGGGCUGUAAAUUGUUAUUGCAGUUUGUUGUAAAUCUUUCAUAAAACACUGUCAUCCCUGCUUCCCUAAACGCCCAACGCAUAUUUGGCUUAAACCUUAACUCCCGGACAAACACUAUUUACAGCAGUAAGAUUUUAGAUUGCUGUUUCUAGUCAUUUUGCCAGAACUGCAUUUUAUAAGUAAAUAGACAGAAAAUCUUAGGGUAUUCUUUUUUGUGUGUUUGUUUGGGGGGGGUUCUGUCUGUUGAAAGCUUUUAUUUAUCUGCUGCAUGCCAGAUCCCUUUUGUCGUUGAAGUAAACUUUACUCGCCAGCUGGAGUAAACGUAUGGAAUUAAAGGACCACUAUAGUGCCAGGAAAACAUACUCGUUUUCCUGGCACUAUAGUGCCCUGAGGGUGCCUCCACCCUCAGGGUCCACCUCCCGCCCGGCUCUGGAAGGGGGAAAGGGGUUAAAUCUUACCUUUUUCCAGCGCUGGGCGGAGAGCUCUCCUCCUCCGAUCCUCCUCCGUUCGGCCCUGUCGGCUGAAUGCGCACGCGCGGCAAGAGCUGCGCAUGCAUUCAGCCGGUCACAUAGGAAAGCAUUCAUAAUGCUUUCCUAUGGACGCUGGCGUGCUCUCACUGUGAAAAUCACAGUGAGAAGCACGCAAGCGCCUCUAGCGGCUGUCAAUGAGACAGCCGCUAGAGGAAAUAGGGGAAGGCUUAACCCAUUCAUAAACAUAGCAGUUUCUCUGAAACUGCUAUGUUUAUGAAAAAAUGGGUUAACCCUAGCUGGACCUGGCACCCAGACCACUUCAUUAAGCUGAAGUGGUCUGGGUGCCUAGAGUGGUCCUUUAAUAAUAAAAUUAAUAACUAACUAUACUAACGUAUAAACAGAGUGCAAAGUCAGAGUCCACACUCCUUGCUUUCGGCAAAUCAAUAAUAUUUAUUAAGAGGCUAAUCAAACAAAUAAACAAUACAUAUACAUUUGAAAUAGGCUAGUAUAUGUUGCUACCAAAACUAGUCAUUGAUUGAAUGGAAAGUAAACUAAAUUAACAUAAUGAAACUGGCAUAGACACGUUAUACAGUUACCACUCUAUUGAUCAUCAGCUGAGAGGGUGUGAGGAGAGAGAAUAGAGUGAGAGGGUGAGGAGAGGGAAAUUCAAAGAGUGAGAAUCUGCUAUUCACAGGGUUUUUAACAGGUUAACCCUUCCUUCUUUUAGACAUAACUCCCUCAGUCAAUCCCUUAGGAUCUAACAGAGCAACAGUGACUCCUGGGGGAAGAGGGAUUGCACUGGAAGGGAAUUCGAGAGGAGUUUACCCAACUGGUUUUGCCUGGUGAAAGGCCAUGUGCUCACAGAAGACUCCAUUAUUGCCUAAGAGUAGAAUGGGGCUUGAAUCCCUGUAUUAGAACACCUACAUAAACUUCUUUGGCACACAGUUUGGCUGUUAAUCAGUCCCCCACUUAUUACAGUUGUCUUGCAUCAUAUACACACUUGAACAUGAGUUAUUGCCUGUCGAUUUAAUAAAUCUGUCAGAUUGGCAAGACCUGAUAUAUAUUUAUACAAGAACAGUCAAACCUAACAGAAAAUGCAACACUAGAGAUCUAAACCUGAUAAAAAAAUAUUUUGUGUUUUCAAAACCACACUCUCCAUGACAUUGGGAGUAUUACUUAAUCUGGGGGCUAACUGAAGUAUUUGCUCCUAAUUUGGUGUUUCGUGACUUCAGACCUCUGACUAACAAAGAUCAUUGAGAGAAAAAAAGUUUACCAGGGCGUUGAUAACAAAGUCAAAAUAUUUAUACAGGUUCUAGAAAUCUGGAAUAUGCCAAAAAUCACCCGUAGGGAAUCUAGACAGAAUUCAGAGGCCCGCUGUUUGUUUUUUGGCCUCUUUUAAUCUUACAGUGUGUCUCUGUCUUGUGAUUUUUCAUAUAGGUAACUUUUUUUUUUUGUAUAUUCUUUUUAUUGCAAUAACAAAAAUGAUCUGACAUACAAACAUCUAAUAUAUUUUAUGUUUGAAUAACAAGCAUUUUGAUCUAAAAAAAUAAAAGUAGAUGUACUUACCUGAAUCUCUCUUUAGCGCAUCCAGGUUCGUCUUUCUUAUUUGUAUGUGGAUUUUUAUAGAGAUUCUACCUUUAUUAAAAUAUUAAAAGUGACAAUUCCUCUUUAAUAUGUUAAGCAGAUAUUUAUUUAUAAAGUACCAGUAUAUUACUACUAGCUUUAGGGUCGCCUUUCAGACUUCCAAGCAGGAAGGAUCUUCUGAUUCAGGAAAACAUCCAACUCCUAACGAUCUCGAUGUAGGAUUCUGGAGAUUGGGAUGUAUCUCUUGAAAAGAUGGGUCCCUCCUUAUAUAAAUAUGUUUGGAAGAAACAUUUGUCUUUGUGGAUGUAUGAUCUUGUGCUCUUGAUAAAGUCUGGAAAAUGAAACAUGUAGAUGGUGUCUGUCAAGCUUGAGAUUUGAACUACUAGAUGGAACUUUGAUUUAAGCAGGUUGCACUAUUCUGUUAUAUAUUGAGAUUGAAGUAGGCCUAAGGGGGUGAAUAAACUAUAUGGAUUUUAUGUUUAUAUUUGUGGAUGUAGAUUUCUAAAUAUUACAUCUUGAAAUCUCAUCUUUGUGGUGUACAAACUUCUGUCAUGCAUUUCAACUUUUUUGAAGUAUUUCGUUCAUCACCUCUUUUUCGAGAGCCUGUCUUCUCACAACCAUCAAGUCUGAUAGAAAUAUAUUUGUAAAGUUUACACCCUCAGAGAAUUUGCGUAUGUUGAGCUUUCUACAAGAUUACGUUUUCGACACCUGUAAUUAUUUCAAAUCCUUAGCAAUAUUCGAGAGCAAAUAUUGUAUCAUAAAGAUCUCCGGGUACAAAUCAUCCAAUUCCAGUCGUUUCAUAUACAUUUCUUGACCUAAACUUGGUAUUUGUAACGGAGCUCCCUGUACCCCUUGUUGGGUACCUCUGCCAAGGACUGCUUCCUAGCUGGAACAGGGGACAAACCGCAGCACUUCUGCCCACAGUCGCAGUAGCUUGACUGGGGUUCUGGAACCGCUCCCUCCUAGAGCCGAAUGGGGAACUCGCUCUAUACAUCCCAGUGCACUGGAUGACACGCAGUCCUGGGAGCUCUAGUCCUUACAAGGACUUUCCCUGUUACAUCCUCCAGCUGGAAUCUUUUAAUCUGGCCAAUCUUUUAAUCUGGCCAGAUGGCCUGCUUUUAUACAUUUCUGAACACAGACUAGCACACCCAUGACACUCCCACACAAAACAGGAUAAUCCCUCCCGUAUGCCUGGGAGAUAAUUGAGUCAGGAACUGUACAAAACUCAAUUACCUCCAGGCACAAAAAAACACACAUUUCACAGACACCCCAAAAGUACCUUUAACUACAUGAAAACCCCACUAAAGUUAUAUCCCCUGAUAGCCCCGAUCUGGGUGACCAACAUAUCUAAAAAUCACCCAGGUCGGUUCGGGAUUUCGAUGGAAGUCAUAAUUUAACCGAUCGCACAUGAGGCUCCUGCUCAAAAUAGUUCCAGGUAAAAGUGGUAGUGGUCAGUCAAGUUCGGUAGUUUAAAAGAGAACAAACUACCGAACAGAAUCCAUUGCCAUACCGUGGAGCUUGUUCCCUUCCUCCAGAUAAACGAUCCCACCAAGCAGUGUUUUAAGUUUUUUAUAAAACUGAACGCAGGCGAUCAUGGACGUCCAGCGGUGUUCGGGAAUUUCGGUGUCCGUUUUCAGUUCCUUGAACUCGACACCCAAACACCGCUGCCUGCGUUCGUGCGAACAAGAUGGCUGCCCCCGAAUGUUCAUGCAUAGGAACGGCGGACACCCAGACAAACCAUUAGAACACUGCAGUUAGGAUCGUUACGCUGUAUCCGUUAGGCUUAACAAGCUCUCGGGUGGUCCACAGUUCGUGCGGCAGUUCGGUUCCCGAACAGCAUAGGGGAAUCACACGAACCAAGCCAGUUAAAUAGUCUUUUACAGGUUUCCCUGUAUGGCUCAUAGUCUGUGGGCAGAAGGCUGGCAAGCAGGCUCCUCUAGGAGCUCGUGGCAAACUCACGUGGGAAGGGGAGUUUGUCACAGUAUCUGUAUAAAUUCGCUUUUGUGCCUGAAUCUCUACAUCAAAAAAAAAUAUAGGGUAGUCUGUAUCCCUUUUUACCAGAGUUAUCUUUGACAUUACAUUGACUUGUUAAGAUUAUUGAAGGUACAUUUGUAUAGUUGUUUACCAUGUUCUGGGUUCAGUACUGGGGGAAAAAACCUUUUAGAGGCAGCACCAGUAUGUCCCCUAGGCACUUUUAUAUUUCCGUUUAGCUCAUGGAGCAUAAAGGUUUUUAAUAUUUUAAUAUACCUGAAGUAUGUAGGUUGUUAUCACCAUAAACUUCCUGUGCCCUGGCACUCACAUCCAAGAGUAGCAAGAUUUUUUUUUUUUUUAUUGAAUGGAUUUAUGUGGUAUGUAGAGCGCUCUCACAGAUCUUGUACCUAACUGCAUUUAUGACCUUACUUCAGUUUGUUUACUGGGGUUUUUCUUCCUCUUUUGGUGGGGUGCCUAUAACCUCUGCAUGCAAUAUUCUGAAAAGUGCCUUCAAUGAGAACGUGUGCGUCAGAACUGGACCAUGGAGCAAUGGAAGAAGGUUGCCUAUUUUGAUGAAUCAUGCCUUCUUUUAGUAUAGGUGGCUUUACCUCGGGAAGAGAUAGCAGCAGGAUACACUAUGGGAAGAAAGGAGGCUAGCGAAGCAAGUGUUUGCACUGGCCAAGGUUGGGACCAUACAUUCAUUUAGAUCAGUGGUUCUCAAACCAGUCCUCAUGGCCUACCAACAGUCCAGGAUUUAUGUAUUUCCCUGUUUUAUUCCAAUGGAGAUACUAACAAAACCUGGACUGUUGGUGGGUCUUGAAGACUGGUUUGAGAACCACUGAUGUAGAUGUUACUUUGACAUGCAUCACCUACCUAGAGAUUGUUGCAGACCACAUACACCCUUCAUGGCAGGAAAGGUAAGUAACAGCUUGCUGCAGGCCCCUCCACUCCUCAGCCCAUACCACUAGACCACCAGGGAUUGCCAUAGCCCCCCUCCCUGGUCAGGCAACAAGCAGGGAGGGGGGACAAACAAAACCCAUAUAAAAAAAAUUAAAAUAAGAAAUGCCCGUCCCGUCCCCCCAUCCCCCCCAUUUUACACAAAUUACAUCCAUUCAGAAACUCACAACACCCACUGCAUUCACUAUGCACCCACUGCACAAACACUCACAGCAUUCAAUAUAUACACACUACACAAACACACACAGCUCCCCUGUCUAAACACACUGCAUCCACUACACGUGGCAUGUAUAUUUUGUGCAUUUACCUUUAGAAAUAGUUUUGGGGGUUUUUUGUGUUUUUUUUCAAAAUGGUAAAUGUACAGAAUAUCGGCUAUCAGCCUGAAAGUUCACAGAGUAUCGGUAUCGGCUCUAAAAAAUCAAUAUCGGUCGAUCCCUAACUUAAAGGAUUUGAUGCUAAAAUCUUGGUGCCAGAUUCCAUAGGACACGUUCAGAGGUCUUGUGAAGUCCAUGCCUAGAUGCAUCAGAGCUGUUUUGGCAGCGUGAGUUGGACUUGCGGAUCAGUGUAUUUAUAUCUAUUAGUAAAUUUGUCCAAUAUCUGCCUGUAACCUCUAUUUUUAUUCUGUCACUGGACAAAAUUGUACUCCUUCCAAUUCUCCUCUAUUUCUGAAUAUGAAGGUUAUUGUGCCUUUAUCUUGAACAAGCUGUGUGCUCUGCAAAUUGCCUCAGUAAAACAGAUUGACAAUAGUUGAUGUAAUGAGAUCACACAAGAAAAGAUUUCACAAUAUAUACGUUACUCGGUUUGAUUUUAUAUUUUGUCACAUGAUACAAGUGCAUUUGUUCAGUAAAUAUGUAAUGUAUGUAUAAUUCAGAAAGUACACCAGGGCAUUUACUUUCAAUAAAAUAUACUUAACUGAAUACUCUCUUUUUAGAAGCCUGAUUUCUGUUGUAGUUUUAAAAGGUUUGUGAUGUUCUGUAAAAACUUUGAGUUCUGUUAAACUGUUUUUGGUUUUUUUUCUUCAGGAGGUGUAAAACUUGGCCUGGGGGACUUUAUUUUCUACAGUGUUCUUGUUGGUAAGGCUUCAGCCACAGCCAGUGGCGACUGGAAUACAACGCUGGCUUGCUUUGUUGCUAUCCUGAUCGUAAGUAAAACAUGCCACACACCUGAAAAUCUCGGGUCACACAGAAAAUUCUGCACUGGAUUAUGCAACCUUCCAUUUUUUUUAUUUUUUAUUUGCACACAACGUGUUAACUUGUGAAAAAGGAUACACCAGGACACCUUGCUCACAUCAAGUGCACAAGGGAGAGAUUCUACUUGUCUUUACUUGAUCUAAAAGCUAAAGCAGCCCUGUCACGGUGUUAGGGUCUUUAUAUAUUUUGCAAAGACCCCUGACCGUGACUGCUGCGCUUGGUGGCUGCAGGGAAAGGUGAGUUUUACUUACCUGAAUCUGUCAUAGGCAGCCGUUAUCUUCCGCUCUUGGUGCUUCAUUUGCCAGGAACCCACAUCCAUGUUGUACUCCCAUAUCCAUGUGAAUCAGUAAUACUCGGAGUAACCCUUUUACAGAGCAGAUUUAGUUCAAUUAUUUAAUCUAUAGAUUAACAUUAUUUGGAAGCUCUGUGUUUAGAUUGCAUUUAAAUAUAUUUGAAAAACACUGUAAAUUGUGGGCUGUAAAAGCAUUGGGCAGUGUAGAGGUUCAGCUUGCUCCAUGAUUUUGAGCAUAUUGAAGAGAGUCCAAAAGUGCAUCUCUCCGUUCCACCACAAUCUGAAGAUACAUGUAAAUUGUAAUUUAAGGCACAUAUGUAGUCAAAAUAAGCAGACACCGGUACCCAUAGGCAUCCAGCUCUGCCCAUGUUACAUGAAAAUGUAUAACUUUUUGCUGUCUAUUUCAUAGAAACAUAGAAUGUGACGGCAGUAAGAACCAUCUAGUCUGCCCAAUUUUCUAAAUACUUUCAUUAGUCCCUGGCCUCGUCUUAUAGUUAGAAUAGCCUUAUGCCUAUCCCACACAUUCUUAAACUCCUUCAAUGUUUUAACCUUUACCACUUCAGCUAGAAGGCUAUUCCAUGCAUCCACUACCCUCUCUGUAAAGUAAUACUUCCUGAUAUUAUUUUUAAACCUUUGUCCCUCUAAUUUAAGACUAUGUCCUCUUGUUGUGGUAGUUUUUCUUCUUUUCAAUAUAGUCUCCUCCUUUACUGUGUUGAUUUCUUUUUAUGUAUUUAAAUGAAUUUCACAUUUUGUAUGUUGUAUAUUCAGUUCAAUUUCUCUUUCUGUUCCAGGGUCUGUGCCUUACUCUACUACUUCUUGCCAUUUUUAAGAAAGCCUUGCCUGCACUGCCUAUUUCUAUAACAUUUGGGCUUGUGUUCUACUUUGCCACAGACAACCUGGUGCAACCCUUUAUGGACCAACUGGCUUUCCACCAGUUUUAUAUCUAACCUCCGGGUAAACGGUUCCAUGGUAUUUCUUGUUCUCCUUCACAGGACGCUAUCUGAGCAAAUAAAAGAAAAACACUUUUCAUUAUCAAUUUUUUUUAAAUUUUUUUUUUUUUUUAAAUUAAAUAGAAGGGAUUCACCAUCUUUAUCCCUUUUCAGGUCCUAAGGGAUGAACAAUUUUUGUGCAUUCCAAAGUCCCUUCUGUACUGAAGAGGUAAAUGCGCAACAGCAUUUUUAUCCUGUGGGCAAAGCCGUAACCAUCGUUGGCCCAAGGUUUCUGAUGUGAAGGGGUUCUGUACCAGCAAAUAGACUUGCAAACGUUGAACAAAAGAGGAGUAACAAGCGGGAUGUUACUAGAAGAAGUUUAAACAUAUUCCGUAGUAAAUAAGAUGGUUGAGAUUCAUAUAAGGAUGUUUUUCUUUUUAAACCUGUUACUAAGGAAUUUGAUUCUGAUAUUAUAACGGAAAUGUGUCCACUCCACACAACGCACUGUACUAUUCCGCUGCCAGAGAACACUAUCAGAGAUAGGAUUCCCAUCUACCCAGAGAUGAUAAUGCUAUGAUGUAAAGUAAUAUCUUUUACAAACCACUACUGGAAUCUCAUACGAACUUAGACUUGGCACUGUUUACUGCCUGUCUCUUAUAUCCAUUCUAAAAUACCAAUGCAAAGAUCCCUUAUCAUGUAAGGGGUAUAAAGUAGAUGUUAAUGACAACAUAUGUUCUUAUCUUUUUGUACUAAAGGGGAAGGGGUUAAAUACGGCUUUAAUCUCUUGAGUGCCAAAGGAGUCUGUAAGAUAAAUUGUCAUGGGGCAAAGGUUUAAAACAAGUUUGCAUGUUUGUUUUAUGGCUAGUUUUUUGUAUUCUGUAAGCAUACGCUUUUUGUAGGUUUCUUACAGUUCAGCUUCUGGGAGGAUACAGACUACUUGAAAAAUUAUGGAAACAAAUUGCCGACUGAUAUGCUCAGCCUGUGAAUAUUCCUCAGAAGGGAGUGAAAGAAUUUGUUACCAAAGUUUAAAUUGCCUGUAGGCAGGUCCAUGAACGGUUUACUUAUCUGGUUUUAUUCCCUUCUCCUGUACUGACUUUAAAAAAAAAAAAAAAAAGUCUACAAAGCAGAUUGCUACACUGGAAAAAACACCAUGUUAUUUGACUGAAUGGGAAAAGAGAUUUGUAAAUAAAUAAAAACAAAAAAUGUGGACCA